AUGCAGGGCGCGGCGCGGCGGCGGCCGUUCCCGGCGGCGGCCCCGGGCUCCCCCCAGCCCGCCGGGCCGCUCUACCCGGGCAGGCAUGGAGCGGUCAAGAACGAGGACACCUUCAAGACCUCCCCGUUUCAUUUUGAUCUGUGGUUCUACUUCACUCUGCAGAACUGGGUGCUGGACUUUGGGCGUCCCAUUGCGAUGAUAAUCCUACCUUUGGAGUGGUUUCCUCUAAACAAACCGAGUGCCGGAGAUUAUUUCCACAUGGCUUACAAUGUUAUCACACCAUUUCUUCUGCUGAAGCUCAUCGAGAGAUCCCCCAAGACCUUACCGAGAUCAAUGGUCUACGUCAGCAUCAUCAUGUUUGUCAUGGGAGCCAGCAUCCACCUGGUCGGAGACUCCGUAAACCAUCGCCUGAUUUUCAGUGGCUACCAGCACCAUCUGUCUGUAAGAGAGAAUCCCAUCAUCAAGAACCUGAAGCCAGAGACACUGAUUGAUUCCUUUGAGCUGCUGUACUACUACGAUGAAUAUUUAGGUCAUUCGAUGUGGUAUAUCCCUUUUUUCCUGAUCCUGUUUAUAUAUUUCACUGGCUGCUUCACUCCUGUUGAAGAGGAGAGCAGGAUGCCAGUGGCUGCCUUGCUUCUGAUGGGGCCCAGCAGCCUUUAUUACUGGUAUCUCGUGACGGAGGGUCAGAUUUUCAUCCUCUACAUUUUCACUUUCUUUGCCAUGAUGGCUUUAGUGAUGCACCAGAAACGCAAAGGACUCGUCCUGGACAGCAAUGGGCUCUUUCUCUUCUACUCCUUCAUCAUAACGCUGGUCCUCAUUGCUGUUUGGGUGGUUUGGCUGUGGAAUGACAAAAUUCUCAGGAAGAAGUACCCUGGCGUGAUCUAUAUCCCCGAGCCGUGGGCAUUUUACACCCUGCACAUGAACAACCUCCAUGCAACAAAGGAAAGUUUAUAAGUUUUGAUAUUUUAGAGCCAUUUGAAGAAAAAAAAAAAUCUAGUUUUUCUAAUGUAGAUGUAUUUCAAAUAAAUUCCUGACCAACAUUAGCUGCAA